CCAGUCCUGUCACAGCAGUGAGGGGCGUCGUUCUGCUGCGUUGGCGCUCUGGGAAUACUACUAACCGUUGGUUUAAACAAAACUAACAACUCAUAUUUCUUCUUCUUCGAGUUUAUCACUUCUUCUCUGUGACAGUAACUCGCCUAAAAUAUAUAUUUGCGUUAUUAUUAUUAUUAUUGUUUUCCUGCGGUGGAAGUAAGAAGGAAACAGUAAGACUGACGGCUGCAGUGGAAGUGUGUGUCAGGCUGGUGUACUAACCUGUUUGGUGGAUCGCUGCAGACUAUUUGGAAGCACGGGAAGUUUGCUGAAGACGGAACGUUCUUAAGGGAUAACCUCAAAGUGGCUUUUAACCUCUGAUGUUCCAUCAACCAGCCUAUCUUCAAAACCCUGCCUCCUGCAGUCUAGCUGAAGUCAUUUCCUGAGAGAAGUAGGAGGAGGAACGUUGGUGGAUUGUUGGACCUGACAAAAUCUGUCUGUGGGUUCGGUGAAUCCUCAGUGGGCCAUGUGUUUCUGGUGAGGCCUCAUCUCCUGCCAAAAUGGGGCUGAUGCCCGGCUCGCCUCGACCCGCCCUGCCAGCCUUUCUGGCCCUCACCUUAGUCGCCUUCUUACCUCAGCUGUCCUCAGGAGCCACGCCAUUCCCCCAAGACCUGGAACCAAUCGGCAUUGUGGGCAGAGAAACCUCCUACCUCUACCCCAGCUUCCAGGGGCUCAUGUCAGACAAUGACACCAUCCGCCUCGGCCUGGACUUCCAGAGGAUGCUGAGGAUCAACCACAUGCUCUACAUUGCUGCCCGGGACCAUGUGUUUGCCAUCAGUCUUGCCACAUCAUCUGAGCAGAUAAUCCCACAGCAGAAACUGACUUGGAAGACGAAGGAUGUGGAGAAGUGCACUGUGAGAGGAAAAAACAGCGACGAAUGUUACAACUAUAUCAAAGUAUUGGUGCCACGCAAUGAUGAGACACUGUUCGCCUGCGGCACCAAUGCCUUCAACCCCACCUGCCGCAACUAUAAGAUGUCAACACUGGAGCAGGAAGGGGAGGAGGUGGUGGGACAAGCUCGAUGUCCCUUUGAAUCUCGCCAGUCAAAUGUGGGCCUGUUUGCAGGUGGUGAUUUUUACUCUGCCACCAUGACAGACUUCUUAGCAAGCGAUGCAGUUAUUUACAGAAGUCUGGGAGAAAGCAGCCCUGUUUUGCGUACAGUCAAGUACGACUCCAAAUGGCUGCGAGAGCCCCAUUUCCUCCACGCCAUUGAGUAUGGGAAUUACGUGUAUUUCUUCUUCAGUGAGAUCGCUGUGGAGUACACCACUCUCGGCAAGGUGGUUUUCUCCAGAGUUGCACGAGUGUGUAAAAACGACAACGGCGGUUCCCCAAGGGUGCUGGAGCGAUACUGGACAUCUUUCCUCAAAGCCCGGCUGAACUGCUCCGUGCCUGGAGAUUCCUUCUUCUACUUUGAUGUUCUGCAGUCAUUGACCAACGUGCUGCAGGUCAACCACCGGCCAGCCGUGCUCGGAGUCUUCACUACUCAGGCAAACAGCAUCACUGGCUCCGCAGUGUGUGCGUUUUACAUGGAUGACAUAGAGAAGGCCUUCAGUGGCAAAUUCAAGGAGCAGAGGAACAGUGAGUCAGCAUGGACACCUGUUCCAGAGGAGCAAGUCCCAAAACCCAGGCCGGGCUGCUGCUCAGGCGAGGGUUCAGCUGCUGCCUACAAGUCAUCCACCACCUUUCCUGAUGAAACCCUGACUUUCAUCAAGUCAUAUCCACUCAUGGACGAGUCGGUUCCGUCGGUCAAUGACAGGCCCUACUUCACCCGCACCACCAGCAGGUUCAAGUUGACCCAGAUAGCGGUGGAUACGUCCGCAGGCCCAUAUAAGAACUACACGGUGGUGUUUCUGGGCUCAGACAACGGUCAUGUGUUGAAGAUCCUGGCCAGCACUGAGGGAGCCAACGCAUCAUUUAGCACACAGCUCCUGGAGGACAUCGAUAUCUACAACCCUAACAAAUGCAAUGUGCGUGGGGAGGACCGCAGGGUGCUGGGUCUUGAAUUGGACCGUGAUCAUCAUGCGUUGUUUGUGGCGUUCUCCAGCUGUGUGAUCCGUGUGCCGCUGAGCCGCUGUUCCAAGUACAGCGACUGCAAGAAAAGCUGUUUGUCUUCAAGGGACCCUUACUGCAUUUGGCUCAAGUCAGGCAGCUGUGCCACAGUCUCACCUGGUUUCAAAGGCAUGUUUGAACAGGAUGUGGAGAACGGCUACCAGCAGCAUCCUGAUACCUGCCAUGACGUCUUGGCGACCACUCGCAAGCAAAACACGGCGCUAGAUUCAGCGUAUGGGAAGACCACACCCUCAAGCGCCAGCACAACCUAUCAUGGGGCGGCGUUCCCAAAGGAGGCAGGUGACCCUGAAAGAGGUACAGGCCCUGAUCGCUCUCCCACUGUGGGGGAACAAGGGUCACCUGACUCGGAGCCGAUCAGUGUGGAGAUGGAGGGUGUAAGGCGGCCUCCAGAGCUGGACAAGACCAACCACAGCGUCCAUUACACUCUUCUGAUCGCUUGUGUUUUGGUGGCCUUCGUCCUUGGCGCUUUCCUCUCUGGCUUCCUGGUCUCAUGCUAUUGUAACCACACUGGCCACAAGACCAAGAAGCUGUCGAAAGACCCUGAAGCCCCGAUCCCACACGCCUUGUCACUUCGCAGCCUUGCCAAGCUCAAUGGCCUCUUGGACAGCCAAAGUAAGGAUGACAAGAUGGAGGUUUCAUCUCCGAAGAUCUACAACUCUUUCUUUGCCAACAGCAAGGAGCAUCAUCCGCCAAGGAGAAAUGGCCAUCAUGGAAUGAUGAUGGGAGACUUGGUCCACCCUCACCAUCAUCACCUUCACCAUUCCUCAGAGCUGUCUGGUCUGCCUACACCCGACUCAACCCCAGAACUGCCCAUCAAGAGCAUGAAAGCCUUUAAGAACCAGUGGGAGAAAAACCAGAACUGCAACAAUGCUAAAGAACCAAAGUCUCAUAACAUUGGCUCAAGACCCAGUUCAGCCAUGCUUCAUCAACAGGUCUUCCCCUACUCCCAUGGCCUGGCUAAUGGGCAACCAGUAACUAGUCACCUCCACCCAGAUGAACGCAAAGUCCACAAUGUAGAACGUGUGUUAUCUCAGCAGCCUUAUCCUGGUUACUCUCAGAAGGUGAUGGAGGUAACGUCAUUGGAUGAACUCCUGAAGCACAUCCAUGAGGCAAGCGGUAGCAAGAACUCCCAGCUAAUGAGCCCAUCGGGUCUGAUGGCUAGUGGAGGUGGAGGCCAGCUAGCCUUUGCCAACCGCAUUCAACCUCAGAUUCCUGAAACAGAAUCAGCCCCCUACUACAGUUCCUCCACUUUACCUCGGGACAGUCUCACCCGCCGCAUGGAUGUUCCUCCAGAUAUCCCUUCACACCAUCAGUCCACCUUGGAGAGGAGGCACUCCUCCCAGAGGCACUCACUCAUUGCUGCAGCCACAAAAAUGCCUAAUGGAGGUGCAGUAGGAGGUGGGGGGGGUGGAGGAGGAAUGGUUCCUCGCCAGCACAGUUUCAGCCAACGAAAUGGAGGGCCCCACCAGCCACCUCCCCUUUUGGCUCGGAUGAACUCGACAGGGAGUGCCUGUGAGGUUCACUAUCCCCUCAUCCCUAAUGGGUACCUGGCGCGCCAGCACAGCUAUAACGGAGAGCAGCAGGACAUCCCUCACAGGGGUGCAAUUGUUCGCCGGUCCUCCUCUCUCAAACCCGACGUCCCUCCCAAGCCACUGUUCAUACCUGCCACAUCCCCAGUCAACGAACAAGGAAAGUACAACUACUGAGGAGAUAUGCUCCUGGACUACAGAGGAAAAUCUCCCUCAUUGUGUCAUCUUUAAGGAACUUACCUUUGAAGAAAUGCAGUGGUUUUGAGGUUGCAGACCGUCGCCAGAAAAAACAACCAGUCAUGUGACAGCCUGUGUCACUGUAAAUGAAAGCCUCAACCAAACUUGUUUUUUCCGCUUCUUUUUGUCCAACGAAUAUCUUUGUACCAUAUUGGUAUUGCUCAGCUACUUGCUUAUUAUAGAACCGCUAAAUGGGGUGACGUGACGCCACUCCCUUAUAUUAGGCUGCCAAUGUCAAUCCUCAAUGUGGAUUUACAGUGCAAAUCAGAUUUUGGACACACUGACGUUGGAAAAAACUUGACACAUCAGUCAUCUUAAAGACUUUGCUCCUGCAAUGCUUAGAUUCAUGCUUUUGCUUAAUCUUUUCUGAUGUAGUGUUGGUAUCCAGUCCCGACCCACCCCACCCUCGAAUGUGUUUAUAUUAUGCAUGUGUGUGUAUAUAUAUGUGUGUUUAUAUCCACACCGUAUAUGUAUACAUAUACAUAUGCAGUAUGUGUAAUGUGUGGUGAAAAGUCAGCAAAUUCCCCUGAAAGUAGUUAUGACUUUGCCUUACUAUACUCUUUCAUUUUUGGGCAUAUCAAACAAUCCCCCCACACCCUCCAAGAGAUAUCUUAGGGACACCAAUCCAUGCUCUUCAUCAGCAGAAUUUCUCUCGUGGCUAAAGACACGGAAUCAAUUUUGUUCAUGUUGACAAAACAAAGGAAACACUUCAACAAAGCAGCUCUACUUACAUUUUGUUGCUCUUUUUUUCCCUGUCUCGGCUGAUGUCAGGUCAGAAAUGAGAAAUUUGGGUCCAUUUAAGUUCCUUGAAAGUUUCAGUAAAAUUGGUGCUCCACAAAUCUAGCCUGUCUAACAUCCUUUGAAAUGGAAAUAGACAAUAUUAUAUCCUCUGAAAUACUUUGGACCCAAAGAGGAUGAUAUAAACAUGCCGUGCCACCUGGCAUUAAGGAACAUUGAACACAGAGAGGACUGCAGUUACUAUAAUUAUUAACUUUGUGGCUAUUGGUUGUAAAUAAAGGAAUAAUUACUAGCCAAAUUUUAACUGUAUGUGUAAAUGUGUGCCUUAUUUAAUAAUAGUGUGUGACAUGGGGGUUAGGGGUAAAAAAAAAUGCAAGGGGCUCUGAUGGCUACUAUGCUACAGUAUAUUGUGGGUGUUCCAUUUUCUGUGGUCGUCAGUACAUGUCAUACAGUAUCUAUUGUACAUUUGAAGUGUUUCAUUCCAAAAUUUAGAAGUUUGAGUAUGACUGUAACACUCACUAAUGAAUUAUAUCUUCAUAUCUUAUCUAUUGGCUUUUAUAAUAUUAAACAUCAGGUAUAAUUUCUUUUUCAUAUCGGUACAGUAUUUUGGAAUGAAACCCUUCAUUUUUCUGUUUGCUUUUUUUUCUUUUCAUCCCGAAAGUGUGAGCCAACAGUUUUUUGGGGGGACUGUGGGGCAAAGCAAGUACACAGCCUGAGACUGCAGACAUUCAGGUUUGACUGUCUAUUAUGUCAGUUUUUCCUUUAUGUGCGCCUGUUUUUUUGUUUUUUUUAAAGUUAGCAUGUGUUUGGGUUGCUAAGGUAGUUUACACUUCCUCUUAAGUUACGCUUACAGACAUAUACCCAUUGUAGAAGUCGCCUUUAAAUGAUGGAAAGCAAAUAUUUGGUAUUUUUUUGUGAAUGUUGUAAUGAAGCUGGACUUCUACAAUGGUUAUUGCUGUAGAAUUUGACCUUUCUGCGUCACAAGUUGUCAUCUUCAAAAGCAUGGAGAAGAAACGUGAAGAAAUGAAUGAAUGAACUUUUGAUACAACAAGCUGAGAUUGUCACGUGGAUCGAUACUUGGGAAGCGAUCACAGAAUCAGUUCACAGGCGACCUCGCUGCCCAGCAUCUGCUGAGAAUUUCCCUCAGGGAUGAUGGUGAUGCUGGUUGGUGUGGCCUCAGAAAUACCACCCCACGUCAAAACUCUCCACUAUCCCACUUUUCAGGAGAGUCACUUUGAGAGUCAUGGUUGACUGGAACCGUAAUCAAUUCAGUGAGAACAGCACUGCAUUAUUUACUGUAUCUGAAAGUGGUGUUUAUUGAUUGGAAUUUCCCAGAGCUCAUUUGACCCUGUGUAAACUUUACCAGAAAAUAUGGCCGAUUGCAAUGUUUGUUAUGAGGAAAAAAUUGUUGAUUUGGAAAUUAACAGGCAGCAGAGCAUUAAAUUGCCGUCCAGGCAACAAAUAUAAAACAUCUAAUUUGGUUUAGGUUUUAGAGCAGCAGAAAUUUCAUUGGAGGAAUUGUGGCAGCUAAAGUGAUUGAUCAAAAAUGUUUUUCUUUUUCUUUUUUAAUCUGCCGGUCACAGAUUGUAUGGAAGAGGGAGGGUCUCGCCUCAAAAAUCUCUCAGUAGUCAGUAGUUGAUUUGGUGUAAAUACAUUCUAACUGGGCGGGGUCUCAUUGAUACAGUAUUAUGUUUUCCUCUGUUUGAUUUCCAGGCCUCUUGACUUACUAUGAUUUGGUCUCACAGAAUAUCAUUGUAUGUCUCUUAUACUAGGAAUAAAAUGAAAAUACGA